UUCACUAUCGUAUAAGUCAAUGAUCAUAACAAGAAUCAUGUGGUACAAGAUUUUGGACAAUUUUCUUCUUGUUCUAGGGUCUCGUACGUUUUCGAUAGCCGCGUAUUCCAAGUAUGCCGCUAAUUCGAUACCUAUCAACACAACUGCGCAGUGCUUAUUCGUUGUAGCCUUCAGACCAAAGUCAGUCCUAAAGUAUUGAACAUGGCUCUGAACAUGAUUAAAUU